CAUUAAUAAACGUAUUCGAUUUUGCGACAAGUAGGUGAAGUCCUAAUAGACGGCUGGAUUUAGUGAAUAUAUAUAAUUUAUAAAAAAUACCUUUAAAAUGUCGUCAAAAACACUUGCGACACCUCUUAUUCGUCAUGUUACGACUAGGGGUUACGCCCAAGCGGCUCCAGCCCUUAAGAGAGAUGCAAGAAUCCAGUCCAGUGUUUUGCCCAAUAAAACAUUUGUCGCCGCUUUAGAUAAUGGUUCUCCUGUAGCUCGGGUUACUAUAGCUUUCAAAGCUGGUUCUCGCUAUGAGCCACAAUCAGAGUUGGGUGUAGCCCACUUACUCCGUUCUGCAGCUGGUCUCACCACUAAAAAUGCAUCUGCUUUCAUAAUUUCCCGAAAACUAGCCCAAAUUGGUGCAUCAUUCAGUGCAUCCGGUGAUCGUGAGUUCAUUUACUACACAGUUGAAGCUACUCAAAACAACCUGCAGCAGGCUUUGGAAUACCUGAACAACAUUGUAUCAAACCAAGAAUUCAGACCAUGGGAACUAAGUGACAACAUUCCCCGUCUUCAGUAUGACCUUGCGGCAUUACCUCCUCAAGUUCGUGCCGUUGAUUUGCUUCACAAAGCUGCAUAUCGCCGUGGGCUUGGUAAUUCUCUCUUCAUUGCUCCAAAAAAGAUUGGAAACAUCAGCUCUGAGUCUCUGCAGCAUUUUGCAGCAAGCACUUUAACACCGGGUCGUUGUGCAGUCACCAUUAUUGGAAAUAGCCAGGAAAAUGCUACUUUGGUUGCUCAAGCACUUCAGUUGCCAACUGCCAGUGAGGCACAGAGCAAUCCCUCUACAUACCAUGGUGGAGAAUUAAGAAAAGAAAUGGGUGGUGAUUUAGCUCAUGUAGCUUUGGCUGUACAAGGUGCUCCUGCAGGUUCCCCACAGAGUCUUGCACUUGCAGUUGCUGCUAAAGCACUCGGCAAUGGUCCUAUCACCAAAUGGGGAGCUGACAACACACCUCUUGCUAAGGCUAUUGGGAAUAUUGGACCGUUUGCUGCUGCUGGUUUUAAUGUUUCAUACUCUGACAAUGGUCUGUUUGGAUUGGUGCUCUCUGUCCCUAAGGACGAAGCUACUACUGCCGUGAAAGCAGCUGGUAAACUCUUAAAGAACCCGAACUUGAGUGCUGAUGCUGUUAAGGCUGGUAAAAACCAACUAAAAUUGCAAGUAUUGACUGAAGCAGAAGAAGGAACCACACUCGCCGAGUCUAUUGCCUCUCAAGGCUUAUACACUGGUGUUGUGAAAUCACCAGCUGAGAUUGCGGCAGCUAUUGAUCAACUAUCAAACAGUGAUAUUUCUCAGGCUCUUUCAAAUGCAGCAAAGAACAAGAUUUCCAUGGGUGCAGCUGGAAAUCUAACCCUCGUCCCAUAUGUUGAUGAGCUAUAAAGCCUGUUAUAGUCAUUAUUAGUAGAAAGUCAAAAGUAACCACAUGACUAUCAACAACCACAAGCAAAAAAAUACCAAUUUAAUAUAGAUCAUUGUUUAAUAUAAUUUAUUGUUGUAUUAAAUAAACAAGCUGUUUAUUUCAA